AAACCAAACUGCACUAAGACGUAAGCCCGCCAAGUUGGCCAGUAAACAAGCUGGCCGUGCCGUGUGGUACUUGAACGGUUGCAGUUGUGCAUUAGGCGAUCGUAGCUGGUCUGCAACCACCACCACCGGUCGUUAUUAAUAUCGAGAGUGUGCAAGCUUUGAUCCCGGCCAGCUGCACCGUGCCAGCGUUGUUGGUGCAUGCAGUCUUGAAAUCACUUUCACCCGACCAGGACAUCGCGCGAACGGAGCAGCGGUUAGAGUUAGAGUGCUUCUUAUUUACGGGCGGCCCAAAUGGUGAACGUGUGCCGUAUUGUGCCGUGUAGUGUGCAAAUCGCAAGCAAUAGUUGUAAAAAUUGCAGUUUUAGGCAGCAUAACGUAGUACAGCAAGUGUGUUGUGUGGGUUUAGUGUGAAUCUAAUAGAAGCAUUCUUAACAAGAGAAGAUCUCCGCUAUCUUCUAAAGUGAGCAUUUGUGUCGUGGUAAGAGGUGAAUUUGGUUAAAAAAAACGAAUCAGAGCUUAAAGUUUUACGUCAUUUGUUUGAUUGUGAAUCCCUCUGUGAAUGGAACCAGCUCGUUUGCUGUGCCGUUCUGUAACGCGAGUGGUGGCGUGGUGGUGGUGAAUAUCUUCUGCCCUCUGCCCCAUACCGUGCCGUGCAAUGGUGACCGUUCCAAUCCGGAUCGGUCGGUUACGUGAACGUCGUAUCUCGGUGCUGGCGCGUUGGAGUGGUGUACUGCUGCUGCUGCACCUGGCGACGGGCGACGAGGAUGCAGCGCGACUGUCGCCAUUUCCGGGCAGGCACAUCGGCGUGCCAGAUCACGGUGGGCCAGCUUACGCAACGUAUCACACGCAAUCGGCUCCCUCGGAGGUGGUGGAAUUGACCGGAACUCAUCGCCAUGGCAGUGCUGCCGCUACCCUGGAUCAGCGGCUCGAUCCCAACCAGGCCGAUCUGGUGCUGCCGAACUACGAAACGUCCUCGGUGCGUUCGGCGGCCGGUCUGCCGCCGGUGUACAAGUACACGGACAACGUGUUCCGGGUGCCGAAACGGAAGGCGAAAACAUCGCACCCGGAACCGAUGCCCAGAAAGUCCCACUCGAACCGGUCCGUCGGAACCGGUCGGGCGCCGCAGCACCAGGCCGCCGAUGUGGCAUGGUCGUCAUCCUCCACGGCAGCAGCGGUGGCGUAUGCGCCCGGCAGUGCAGCGGCACUGGUUGGGAAUCACCGUCCGGCGGUGCGGUGGUUGAGCGAGGAAAGCACCCUGUUCCAGCUGUUCACCGGUCUGUUCGAUCAUAGCAAUUGGAACAUCCUCGAGCUGAAGGCGCGCGUCAGCGAACAGUGUGCGGCCCACGUGGGCCUGUACUUGCGCGAUCUACGCCGCCAGCGAGGCUGGGCGUUGAAGGCGAGCGAUUCCAGCGGCCGGUACGGUGGGCAAUACUUCUUCGGCAACGAGUUCUGGAUGGGUUCGCUCACGUUCUGCGACGAGGUGAACCGUGUGCUGCGGCUCACCCCGAUGCCACCGGGCGCCCGCCAGCUGGAGAUGCGGUUUUUUGUCGCCAAAAUUUCGGUCCAGCUCGAAGCAUUGCUCUCCACACAGUCCAGCUCGAUCCUGCUGGGCCAGUGUCUGCCCAAGUCCUGCACGAUAGACGACAUCUCGGAGCUGCUGCGCAGCGAUCCAAUGCUGAGCCUGCUGAACAACAGCACCCUGAACGUGGUGGCUACCGGCGGGACUGCUGUGAGCGCGCUCACCAUCGCCCACGUGCGUCCCGUCCCUGGCAGCUACAAUCUGUGGAGCGAUCCGAAAGUGUUUGCACUGUUCACGGUCCUAACGGUGAUGGGCGCGGUCAUAGUGUACGCGUCCUGCGGUACCGGUGUGGAUGGCAAGCCGAAGGCAGCACGGUACUCGAAGAAGGCGCACGGUCCGCCGCUUGGGGCCGAGGGGAACCACCACAUCAAGCGGGAGCGCGGUGACGGCGGUGGCCGCAUGGGAGAUGCGCUCGAGAUGCACAAAAUCAACGUGGAAAGCAACAACAAUGUGGCGGGCGGUAUUAGGCAGCAGGCACCGGCUGCUGCGGACGGCGUGCUGUACAAGGAUCGCAAGGAAACACGUUUCUCACUGCACGACAUCCUGGCCUGCUUCGAUGUGGGACCGAAUGCGGCCUCCAUCCUGUCGGUGGAACGUGCCAACGAGGAUUCGCUGACGUGUGUGCAUGGUUUGCGGCUUUACUCCCUGCUGUGGACCGUGCUCGUCCACACCUAUCUGCAGUUGUUUGCCGUGUCGGAAAAUCGAUUCGGGCGCAAGAUUGCAGAACGUUCCUUCCUGUAUCAGCUCGUCGGCAAUGCAUCCUUCUCGGUCGACACGUUCUUCUUCAUUAGCGGCCUGUUGAUCGUGUACCUGUAUCUCAAAUCGGUGUCGAAAUCGGGCCAACCGACCACGGGCAAGCAGGCGGAAGAACGGACCAGCCCAGCUGCUGCCGCCGGUACCGGGACCCGGGAGCCAUCGACGGGCGGUGCACACCGAGAUGCAACCCUUGGGGGAGCGACGCGUAAAGCUGGCCUUUCGAUCUUAUACCGUUACCUGCGGCUAACUCCCGUCUACUGGUUUACGAUUGUGACGAACGAAAUCAUCCUAAAAUGGACGUACGAUCGAUCCGUAUUCACGCCCGGCAUCAUCGAUCACAUUACCUGCGAUCGGUUCUGGUGGCGCAACAUUCUCUACGUCAACAACUGGUUCCCGUUCACUGAGAUGUGCAUGAUCUGGUCCUGGUACCUGGCGAACGAUAUGCAGUUCUACGUCAUCGCGAUCGUGCUGCUGAUGAUUUCCUCCAGAAAUUUCCGCCUCGCCGCCGGUCUGCUGUUCCUGUGCCUGGGCGGAUCGUGGCUGCUGUCGAUCUACUUCUCGCUGCACUAUCGCUACACGUACAAGGUGGCGGAUCCGUUCGAAUCGUUCGACAUUCUGUACGACAAACCGUGGCAGCGUAUCGGACCGUACAUCGUCGGCAUGAUAACGGGCUACAUUUUACACCGGCGUCCAAAUGCACCGAGGAUCGUGCCACCGUUGCGGCUGCUGCUGUGGACCAUUUCCACCGGGACGCUGAUUGCGCUGAUCUUUGGCGUGUGGAACGGUGAGCUAAGCGUACACUGGACGGCUUGGUAUGUCAGCGUUGGACACACGGCCUGGGGUUUGGCGCUGAUGUGGAUCACGCUGUCCUGCUGCUGGGGCUACUCGCCCUUUGUGAACGGGCUGCUCUCGUACCGGGGAUUCUUCCCGCUGAGCCGGCUCGCCUACUGCACCUACCUGAUCCAUCCGGUCGUCAUGAUGGCUACCUCGUUCCAGCUCGAGGCACCGAUGCACCUGCAGCACGUCAUCAUCAUCACGGCCUUCUUCGGUAAUGCGGUCAUCUCGUUUCUGAUCGCGUUCGGAAUGUCACUAAUGUUCGAAGCGCCAGUCAUUAAGCUGUUAAAGCUGUUCUUCCAGAAAGCACAGUGAAACAGUCUUUCCCAAAUGAAAGACUCGCAGACACCGACAGACAGACAAAUAGACAGACCGAAAAUCCAAUCGCACGCGUACGCGUGACGCGCGUGUCCACUCAAACAAACUGACCCUAUUUAGCUGGAGUACAGUUUUCACGGUCAUCUCAAGAAGCGGCCGCGUGUGCCCAAAUCGCGACCCGGGGAAGCUGGAAAACAUAAAAACCAAUCGCAGUCGACCAUGGAGAAAGUGAGUCGCUCGAGAGCGCGUGUGGUGGGAGCCGGGAAAAGAGUGUAAGAGAGAGAGUGUGAGAGAGAGAGAGAGAGAGAGAGAGAGAGAGAGAGAGACAGCCGUGGUGUGAUGGUGCGUGGUUGGAAAAAUUGCUAUCGUGUGCAAUCGAGAGAGGAAACACUUCUGCGGCAUGUGAUCGGUAUUUCAAGCUCGGCAUCAUCAUCAUCAGCAUACACAUCAUCAUCAUCAACAUCAUCAGCGACCUAGCAGCAUCAUCUCCAGCGUUGAGUGUAUUUUACGGAGGCGCGUGUCAAAGACUGAUCGGGAAAAUUUGUGUUUUUCUUUUGCUUUGUACAUUGUUUCGCUUGCUCCAAUCCUGCCCGGCGCCAGUCUCGACCUUCUUUACCCUCCCCGUGCAUCUUGUUUAUGUGUUUGUUGCCAUCUUUAAUUUGGCUGUUUAUUUAUGGCGCUUUCCGUGCUCUGUGUUUCCUUUUUUCCGAACAAACUUUUAAUCGUAUCAAUCCAUACUUCUGCUCACCAAAACAAUGGCAUCGGAAAACAGAUAGCUGUUGACACGCGGAAGUGGGCCGUAAAGAGG